CAAUCCUCUUGCUCUGUGAAAAGAAAAGACAACUCCAUAUACCAUGACGACUACUAUUCUCUGCUUCUUCCUCUUCCUCUUCUUAUCACUUUCCUCUUUCAAUGUUUAUUGUGACAGAGCAAGUGAAACAAAACAGGACAUUUCAUCUCGAGACAACCCAUUUACAGCAAAAGCAUCGCUGAUUCGUUACUGGAACACGCAUGUCUCCAGCGCCCUUCCUAAACCGCCACCAUUUCUUCUCUCAAAAGCUUCUCCACUUAAUGCCGUUGAUUUAGCGAAACUCACCAAAGUUGCCACCGGAAAGUCUCUAUCUUCAAACCUCGAUGCCUUUUGUUCCUUGGCCAACUUGAUAUGCUCAUUUGACUCACAAUCAGAUGCGUUCAAACGUACUAGCCGAGACGCCAACUUUGCAGGUUAUACCAAUAAGAACUUUGUAACCUAUGGCAGCGGACGACUCGGUGGAAUCGACUCGUUUAAGAACUACUCAGACGGGAUAAACCAGCCCAAUGACUCGUUCAAGAAAUACAGUAAAGAUGGAACUGGUCACAGUGAAGAGUUCACCAGCUAUGCUAAAGACGGUAACAUUGCCAAUGAGAACUUCACCAGCUACGGUCCAGGAGCCAACGGUGGCUCAGGUCAGUUCACGAGCUACGCAGACCGAGUCAAUGUCCCAAACCUACGGUUCACAAGCUAUGACUCGGAUGACAACAACCACAAACUCAAAUUCACAAGCUACAGUGAUGAAACAAAUUCGGGAGCUGAAACAUUUAUCAGCUAUGGCAAGAAUGGAAAUACUGGUCCAACCGAGUUCACUGGGUACGGAGUAAACGCAAACACGGUAGGGUCCGGUUUUACAGGGUAUGGUGAGUCAGGAAAUGCACCAAAUGACACAUUUACAAGUUAUGGUGACUCGGGAAACAACCCACAUAACACAUUUAGGAGUUAUGGGUUCGGUUCAAACUCCGGGGUCAGUAGCUUUUCAAGUUAUAGAGACACAGCCAAUGUUGGUGAUGAUUCUUUUCAAUCUUAUGCCAAAAAUACAAAUUCAGGUAAAGCGAAUUUUGCAAAUUACGGGAAAACAUUCAACUUAGGAAAUGAUACGUUCAAAGAAUAUGGCAUAGGAUCAAAGGGUCUGACCAAGGUUGGGUUCAAAAGUUAUGGCUUGGCCCGUUCGUUCAAGGGCUAUGCAAAGAAUGUUGCUACAUUUGCUGGUUACAGCAACACAGGUGCCUCUUCACGACAGAGUAGCAAUUUUGAAAAAAGAUGGGUUGAGCCAGGUAAAUUUUUCAGGGAAGCCAUGCUGAAGCAGGGAAAUGUCAUGGUGAUGCCCGACAUUAGAGAUAAAAUGCCCAAAAGGUCAUUUUUGCCCCGUCCGAUUUUGUCUAAAUUACCAUUUUCAACUUCAGAGUUACCCCAGUUGAAGGAACUAUUCAACGUAAAAGACAACUCGAGCACAGAGGUGGUGAUUGUGAACUCACUGGCGGAGUGCGAGAGGGCGCCCAGCCAGGGUGAGACCAAACGGUGUGUGGGCUCAAUGGAAGACAUGAUAGACUUUGCCACGUCAGUGUUGGGUCAAAAUGUUGUGGCCAGGACAACGGAGUGUGUGAACGGCUCAAAGCAAAGAGUGAUGAUGGGAUCAGUGAGAGGAAUCAACAACGGGAAAGUGACCAAAUCAGUGUCCUGUCAUCAGAGUUUGUACCCCUAUCUUUUGUAUUAUUGUCAUUCUGUGCCCAAGGUUAGGGUUUACGAGGCUGAUAUACUUGAUGUCGAGAGCAAGGAGAAGAUCAAUCAUGGUGUUGCCAUUUGUCAUAUUGACACAUCAGCUUGGAGUCCGACGCAUGGAGCCUUUGUGGCACUUGGCUCCACCCCUGGACAGAUUGAAGUCUGCCACUGGAUCUUCGAGAACGAUCUGACUUGGACCAUUGCAGAUUGAUCCAUGACCAAUUUCUUCGUUUUAUUUAUUGUACUAGCUAUAUAUAUAUUUAUAAAUUAAUGCUUGUCAUUGAGUGAGCAAAGUUGAAGUUUUUGUUUCAGCUUCCUAUUGGCUUGUAAUUGUUAUGAAUUUAUUCCAUUGGUUUCCCAUGAUCCAACUGUUUCUUUUCUG